UCAGGAUGGCUGUCCUGAUCUCAGCUUCACUAGCUCCUGAGGUCCUGCCAAAGAAGUUAGUAAGAACUCAUGUAGACCUGGAGGCCAAAGUUGAGCAGAAAGAGCCCCUGCAGUAGCACACAUGUGGCCCUUCUUCUCCUUCUCUCUCCUUGUCCCCUAGUCUGUGUGUGUGUGUGUGUGUGUGUGUGUGUGUUUCAGAAAUAGUACAUAAGAGAUGGGAAAUUAUAUGUCUCUGUGGGAAAAAGCAGUGUUUCAGGUUCUCAGCAUUUUAGUCAGCUGCUGUCAUAUUUUUCCAGACUGUAAAUGUAUUUUGAAGCUAUUAAAAUCUAUUCAUAGUGAUGAAAAAAGGUAGGAACUCAAUGGUUCUUUCCCAAUUGCUAUUUGUCCAAUAACAAAUACCUAAACACUUUAAUUAGCCUUUUUGUUUCCCCUAUGGUGGCAAAAUAAUCCUCCUCAUCUAUGUGGGGGAAACAAAUCUGUGCUGGGAACAUAGCAAGACAAAAACCUCCCUGGGCUAGUCUGUUUGUCCAAGAGUAUGGAUUUUGGCAGCUGCUUUAAGAGUUGGGCUCCCUGAUGAGGGCGCUGGUCUCUUUUGGGUGUGGGAAAGGAGAGGUAGAGAGGCCGGGAAUCUCUUUUAAAUCACAGACGAAAGGAAACCAGGAAGUAAGGAGAAAUUAUUUCAGUCUGCUCAUAGCUCAGGAUGUUAAAGGCAGUAACCUCAGCUGGUUGGUUAAUCAUUAGCAAAAAGGAAAGAGCAGCGGAGGUCAGGACUGGCCAAACCACAGAGACGGACUUGAAGCAGGGAGAGAGCUCCUGGAAGAGGCAAGAUGUGAUCUUACCUGGUGUUAACCUCUUUCUCGUAUUAACUUUUCCUUGGGACGUAAAGCAAGAUGACUCUUUUCUGUUCCCAGACAUUUGUCUAAAUAAAGCCCUCUUAAUUUUGUUUUUGCUGUGGGAUUCCUAAGCAGACCAGAAGAAAAGACAUCUUCCCUGAGCGGCUGCCCAGCUCCUGCUCAGUUUUGCUCUAGGGCAGCCGCUCUGGCCACAAAAAGCAAGCAGGUGAGUGUCCCCAAGCGGGGCUCGCCGCAGGCAGAUCUGCCCCAUUGUUGUGAAACAGGGCUUUGCACGCUCUCCGCAGCCAGGGGAAUUGGUGCUGACUUCCAAGUUGCCCCGUGGAAGAAGAGAAAGUGGAUCUGCAGAGACUGAAAGGAGAGGGAGAAGCCCCUCUCCUCUCCUCCCUCCCAGGGCACCAUGGGCAACAUUUGUGUGAGGUUCUUGACGUACUUGAAGCCCUGUCUCCCAUGCCUGUUCCAGGAGGCCGACAAGCCGGUGGUGAUUGAGAACCCAGUGGCCCGCUGCUCCCCUGAUGCUUGCAGGUCACAGAGUCAGGAGCUCAGGAGAAGCGGUGGUCACUACUUUGUGGCUCUGUUUGAUUACCAGGCUCGGACUGCAGAGGACCUGAGCUUCCGCGCGGGCGACAAGCUCCAAGUCCUGGACACUUCCCAGGAGGGCUGGUGGUUCGCCAGGCACUUGGAGAAAAGGGUAGAUAGCUCUGGCCAGCUGCUGCAGGGCUAUAUUCCUUCUAACUAUGUGGCUGAGGACAGGAGCCUGCAGGCAGAGCCGUGGUUCUUUGGAGCAAUCAAGAGAACAGAUGCAGAAAAACAACUAUUAUAUUCAGAAAACCAGACUGGUGCCUUUCUAAUCAGAGAGAGUGAAAGCCAGAAAGGAGAUUUCGCCCUUUCAGUUUUAGAUGAAGGGAUUGUGAAACACUACAGGAUCAGAAGACUGGAUGAAGGGGGUUUUUUCCUUACCCAGAGAAGAAUCUUUUCAACACUGAAUGAAUUUGUGAGCCAUUACACCAAGACAAGGGAUGGCCUGUGUGUCCAGCUGGGAAAACCAUGCUUAAAGGUACAAGUACCAGCGCCUUUUGAUUUGUCUUACAAAACCGUGGACCAGUGGGAGAUAGACCGCAACUCCAUACAGCUUCUGAAGCGAUUAGGAUCUGGUCAGUUUGGUGAAGUAUGGGAAGGCCUAUGGAACAACACCACUCCAGUAGCAGUAAAAACAUUAAAACCAGGUUCAAUGGAUCCAAAUGACUUCCUGAGGGAGGCACAGAUAAUGAAGAACCUAAGACAUCCAAAGCUUAUCCAGCUUUAUGCUGUUUGCACUUUAGAAGAUCCAAUUUAUAUUAUUACAGAGUUGAUGAGACAUGGAAGUCUGCAGGAAUAUCUCCAAAAUGAUGCUGGAACAAAAAUCCACCUGACCCAGCAGGUAGACAUGGCAGCACAGGUUGCCUCUGGAAUGGCUUAUUUGGAGUCCCAGAACUACAUCCAUAGAGAUCUGGCUGCCAGAAAUGUCCUUGUUGGUGAACAUAAUAUCUACAAAGUUGCAGAUUUUGGACUUGCAAGGGUUUUUAAGGUAGAUAAUGAAGACAUCUAUGAAUCCAAACACGAAGUAAAGCUGCCAGUGAAGUGGACUGCACCUGAAGCCAUUCGUGCUAAUAAAUUCAGCAUUAAGUCCGAUGUGUGGUCAUUUGGAAUCCUUCUUUAUGAAAUCAUUACUUAUGGCAAAAUACCUUAUAGUGGCAUGACAGGAGCUCAGGUAAUCCAGUUGUUGGGUCAAAACUACAGACUCCCUCAACCACCUAACUGUCCACAAGAAUUCUACAACAUCAUGUUGGAAUGCUGGAAUGCAGAGCCUAAAGAACGGCCAACCUUUGAGACACUGCACUGGAAACUUGAAGACUAUUAUGAAACAGAAUUUUCAUAUUCAGAGGCAAAUAACUUCGUAAGAUGAACACGGAAAGGAAUAUUAAAUAAUGAAGUAGCAAAAAAGUUCAAUAAUCAGUCCAGAAAUAAAGCUUAUUAAUCAACUGUGAAAAGAGCUUACCUUGACACAUUCAAGUGAUAGGGUCAACUUGGCCAUGUAUUAUGAAAAAGAUUAUAUGUUCAUUUUAUCGACUGGCCCACACUGCUGGACAGUCUAUGAUGAUAUUUUAUCACUGUCUGGCAAAAUCAAGCACACUAAAUCCAGUUAUUUUUCUUUUUUAAAAAUACUUACAUUUGUAUUUAUUGUUUGAAUCACCUAUCAAGAGGAUCAACAGAUGAUAGUCAAUUUUUACUCAGUGACUGUUGUAGCAUUUUCCUGUUUACUGAUUAAAGUGGUUAUUCAUUAUUCCUCGGUUUGCUGAAUCCCAUCAGGAUG